AUGUACAGCCGUAAAAACAAACUCAUUCUAAUCUCUAAUCUCUAUUUUUCCUCGAUCUUUUUCGCCUCCGGCUAUCCUCCUCCUCCUUAUCCGCAUUGUCCUUCAUGCACUCCUCCCUCCUUUAGCAACCACUUUUCUUUCGUAGUACAAACACAACCAACAAUGCUUAAGUGGGUUCAAUCUGGACUUUCCGCCGUCGCAGGCACCGCUGAACCCGAGUACGGCAGAGAAGCCAUCCACACUGUUGUCGACACCAUAAAUAACGGCGACUGUCCUGUUUCCAGAGACACCACCAUUGCCGACUUCAAUUGGCUCCAUCCAGACUACACCAAUGUGGAAACACAAACGUUUUAUUUCCUGGAUUUGACCUCCGGAUACACCGGCUUUGCGCAGGUGAUCCACUCCAACUUGAUGGGAUUGAAGACCACGGCUCAGUUCACGUUUAGAUUGUACAACAACAAGACUGGCGCUGAAGAUGAGCAUUGCGUGUGGACACUGACUGCGUUAGAGAACUUCCGCACUGACGGAAGCAAUUUCUAUGCUGACGGUGUUUCCAUCGAGCACUCUGGCGACGACACCUUUGUGUUGAAGUCCACCGUCAAUGCCGAGUCCGAGGUGAACUUGACCAUGAAGAGACUCACUCCCGGUGUUAUUUUCGGGAAGGAUGGUCUGACAUAUUACGGUGACAACGUCAACGCCCCUUGGGGAUCUAUGCGUCAUGUGUUCUGGCCUAGAUGUUCUGUUACUGGAACCAUCAAAUUGAAGAACGGCACCGUGGAUAUCAAUGGCUACACUAUGUUUGUGAUGGCAAUGCAGGGCAUGAAGCCACACCAUGCAGCUAAAGCAUGGAACUUCUUGAACUUCCAGUCCGAUGACUUUUCUGCCGUACAGAUGGAGUUCACAACCCCUGUUUCGUAUGCGCUUACUAAGGUCAACGUUGCCAUUUUGACUGAUAAGAACCUGAUCAUUGCCACGUCCAUCGACAAUGAGAUCGUUCACGAAGAUGCGGAGCAAGAUGACGUCGGUUGGAAUGUUCCUAAGGCUAUCACCUUCAACUUCAAGGGCUCCGACGGAAAACUGACCGUUGCCACUGUUUCUGGUCCUAUCAAGGCCCUCGUGGAACGUGUCGAUGUCAUGGCUGAGAUUCCACAGCUCAUCAAGAACAUUGUCAGCGGUAUUGCUGGCGCUAAGCCAUACAUCUAUCAGUUCUGCAAUACCUUGACUUUGGAGUAUGAUGGCAAAAAGGUUCCCGGAACUGCCUUCAACGAGGUCACCUUCAUCUCUGAGUAA